GAGUGACAGCAGAUAAUGUUGGCAAAAAAAUAUCGGCUAAUCGACCUGUCGUUUGUGGUGCUGAAACAAAGCGCAAGAUUUAGAUACUGAGUAAUGGAAAAGUCAGCGUUGACAUCGGAGACUGAGCUCGUUCAUUGGCGUUUUGAUUCGUGUGAAAGUGAGUUCCAUCUUUGUAAAUCGUUGCUGGUUAAGAGAGAAUAAAUCAGUGAGCGGCUAUUGAUACUUGUGUGUCCCAUACCCACUGGUUCCACGAUGCCUCGAUGCUUCGGUUUGAUCGCUCAUUCUUGUCGCACUCGUCCCACACCACAUCGAUUGAUUUUUGCCCUCUGCUCAUGACAAGUUUGGUUUUCACUGCAAAUAUCGGCCGUCUCGAAGAACUGCUUUUCUAUCGUUAAAUCGAAUACGAAUGUUGUGAUGUCUCCUGUAUUAUCUUUUUCGCAGUUGUAAGUUGUACUAACUACUUUUGCCGUCUCUGAAGAAAUCACCCCUCAAAUACUUCUACAUGGGACUAGUUACUGACUGCAUUUAUGCUCUGUCAUCUUGGUGAAGUUUUCCUGCUCUUGAUUUUCGACUUUUUUGAGUCUUUUUCAAGACCAGCAUUGAGACCGGAAACAUGCUCAUCAUGAAAAUAUCAUUAUGGUACCCACCGCGUAUCGUGUUUCUUUGUUGAACAAGACUUAAGGCCACCAAUUUUGGAAAAGAAAGUCAGCGAUUUGUUUCUGUCUCUUUCGGCGGUUUUGACUCGUAUUACCCGGCAUCUUCGCGCACAGCCGUAUAGAUGAUCGUGGCCGAGGCAAAUGUGGAGCAACGCGUGACAACCAGCACGGUGCGUCUAAAUGGGGCAUUCUUCGCAGAAACUCCUGCGGGCGAAAACGUUGACCCGUCAGAAGAUGCAUCGAGAAAGAGUAUCCUCAUCCGGCUUGCGCAGGUGCACAAGACGAGUACAACGGGAGGGAUCACGUGGGGAGAAGGUAGUGCAGCAGCGUCAAGUGGUGUGCAAGGUGCAUGUGGUAAUAAAUCGGUGCCUGCGCGUAGACAAGACUCUGCUGACACAUUAUCUCUGUCAUGCGCCACGGCUGUAGCAGCGCAAGCUGGAAGUGAAGCUGCAAACGAUACAGGAUCCUCUGGGGAUGCGUCUGUACUUCUGGGGAGCGGAGACGAGGCCUCACAAGAACUGAGUCACAACUCGUUUGCAUCGCCUUCAAGUGCCUCCUCUUGCGCAGCGCCGCGUCUUGCUGUGCAAAAACAGCUGGAUAUAACGACGCUGGAGCAACCUGGAACAACGCUUUUGCGAGUGGGGCGUCAGGCUGAUAAUGAUCUAAUGGUUCCGGAUGCGCGUGUAAGCAGCAUUCAUUUCAUGCUCAAGGUGUCGCGGAAGAAUAAUGACAUUGUUCUAGUAGACUCUUCUACGAACGGGACGUGGCUCAACGGAGACCAAGUUCUGGCUGAAGCGGUAAAAAUAGACUCUGCAAUGCUACAACUAAGGCUAUGUGCCUAUCUUCUUUGUACAGUUCGUUUGUUUCACUGUUCCUUGGGACGGACACGCUAGUCGUUCCCAGCGUGUUAAGUUAUGCAUAUAGAUGAGGAAGCACUUUCUUUUACUAGAUACAUAGAUACAUGGAAAAUAUGAUUUCGGCUCUCGCAGGAGUUCGUCGAUAUAGUACUCAGCCAUCUGAAAGUACUUAACAGAGAUGUUCUCACGUCAGGUACCUUUGCGUGCCGGAGAUCUAAUUACCGUUCUCAAGGGCUCGGCUGUGUCGGUUUGUGAGGAAAUAAGUUUCGAAUUUUUUCGCAGCGACGACGAACUUAAUGGAGUUUGCGAUUCUGGUGAGAAUACCGUAGGACACGAAAAUGCGUUUGAUGCACUGGAUACGACGAAGGAUCACAUCGCUGAAGAGCCCAGCGAUGCCGGCGUCGUCGCGGUGAGUAGUAGGAGCUCGAGUCGUCAGGAUACGCCGACCCCGCGCCGGUCGCGUCUCUCUCGGAGUCAGCCUAUCCGCUUGCCGUCCACCGCGGGUGAUGCGUGCAGCGCUGAUGGAAGCUUUCGAGAACGCCAACUGCGGCGUUUACGGAGGCUCCACCGGUACGAGUUUUCGACGCCCAGUCGCACAGCGAACAAGACAGGGAGAACCUCGACUACGGGAACAAGUGCGUACGUGCCGCAUGAUGAUGACAGCGGAACUCAGAGAAAGUCCACAUCGGCCUCUUCGUCUGCCGUGAUUAACGGGCAAGGUUACAACUCGAGUUGUGAGAUGGGAAGAUUCGAUGAAGGUACGGGUCAACAAGGCAACGAUGACGAGCAAAAGUUUUCCGUUGAAACCUCAACAGCUGCCUCCUCCUUACCUGCAGUGCCCGCAGUUUUUUCUAUGCGGCUUUCGAAUGGCACCGCGUCAGCGAGUGCGGUCCAAAGUGGAGAGAUUGAGGCUGACAGUCCUGGCGGAGGCGGUGCGUCGGAAUUGACGAAACGGGGCGAAAGCGCAGAGCGUGCUCUCACCAGUGGGGAACAGACGGCAGGAGGAGGGCAAUCGCAUGCUGAGAUCAGUCGCGAUGGCGGCGGCGGUCCGGCUUGCCGAGGGAGCUCCAUCGCGCCGCCUCCCGAUGAUGAUGUUGAUCCCGAACAAGAUGGAAGCCGCGCAAGUGCGCCUGCAACUAGCGUCCCGGAAACUGGUAGAAUUAAGGCUUACCCUAAUCGAUCUCUAUCGAGAUCCCUCAACCGCAUGCUGCCCAAUACCAGGGGAAUAGUGACGCAUACGCUUGAGGGAUUUCCACGGAGAUGAACUAGGGUCAGGCCUAAUAGUGCUGAGGAUCAAGAAGAUUGUACUGCCGCGAUGCAGACAGAAGAGGCUGCAUCUGGCCCGCACGAAGAAAAGACCAAACAAGGAGCGAUGAUAAGAAAACCCGAAAAUAUGGAAGAGAAGUCGACUCGUCUCAAACUCCGUGAUGAGCUGCUCCAAGACAUAUCUUGCGGAAUCUGUGCGGACGUUUUGCACAAGCCGGUUUGUCUGGUCCCCUGCCUGCACAAUUAUUGCAAGGCGUGCUACAUCGAGUGGGUGCAUACUUCCGUCGUCAUGGCGCGGUCCAUCUCCUGCCCGAAGGAGGUUUGUCCGCUUUGCAGAGCCGAGGUGACCCAUAGGCAACCGAACUGCCCACUGUUGGGUAUCAUUGACACGUUUCUGAAGAACCAUCCUGAGAAUGCCCGUCGUGACUUGGACGAGCUAGACCGCAAAGAAGCGGAGCUUUCUCGAACGAAGGAAUGGCUGCAACGCUUUCCGCCAAACACUCCAGGACGACGUCGACCCCGCGGUCUUUUGAGCACCGUUUUCAGUGCUGCUUUCCCGUCCGGCAGAGAGGCAGUCCGCGCCGUCCCUAGCUCGGGAGGUCCAAGUGUAACAACGACUACACCCCCAGGCGGACUUGCGGAGGGCGGCAGUGUGACGGGCGGAGGCAGAACAAGCAAUAGUGGAACUGCGGCACGUGGAACUGGUGCUGGAAGAGUUUCUAGAAGUGCCGCAGCCGGAGGAGCGAUAUCUCACCGUGAAAACCAGUCUCCUGGAAGAACGAGAGGCGGCGUCGCGGGAGACUCUAGUGCCAAUCGACGCGGAGUCCAACAGGAGCCCUAUGCGGGACGCAGUGCGGUUGGCGCGCGCCCUGCGCAGGCGGAGGUGCCAAUGGUCGGUGGUAGUGCAUCGGGUUCCGCAGCGUGUGUCUUGAUGUGA